AUGGUGGCGGCGGGGAAGAAACGGAGAAGAAGCGGUGAUGGCAGUGGGUAUGGAUACGUAGUGUGGGCGGAUAGGGACAGCGGAAGGACCAGCAAAUGUAAAAUGAGGAGCGGAUCCGUGAUGGCAUGGUUGCUACGACAGGGCGCACAGUGGGCGGCGGGCAAGCAAGCAAGCAAGCAAACUACGCCGUUUGUUUGUGGGCGUCACCGGACAGACAGGCAUACAGACAGACAUGAGCAUCAAGUGGAGAUGAUGGUGCGUGUGAGUGUGUGCGCCGCAGGAGCAGGAGCAGGCACAGACACAGACAGGCGCAGAAGCAGCAGCAUCAGCAAGCAAGCAAGCAAGCAAGCAGGCUGGCUCGGGCUGGAGGCGACUCCAACGACCCCUGAAGGGAGGGCCAGGGCUGGGCUGGGGAAGAGAGCAGCUGGCGGUGACAUGGCACAGGCGGAGGCACAGGCGGAGGCACAGGCGAGAGCACAGGCACAGACCAGCCGUGCAGGGACGCCCCUGCUCCAGAUGGGAACGACAUGCCGGCGCCGCAACUGGCCGUUCACAUGCCGUAAACGGAAACCGGUAACCUGUCCGCAGCCCCGGCCGACAAAUGGGACACGGUGCCGGCCUGCUGCCCACACGCCCAUACGCCCAUCACCCAUCACCCAUGGCUGCCCUGCCCUGCCCUACCCUGCCCUGCCACAUCCAGCUCCAGCCCGCGACAAACACCACCACCACUACCACCACGCCCAGCCCGCCCGCGCCUCAGGGGCACCAGCGCCAGCCAGAGAGCCCGGCCAGACUGGCGACGGCGGCGGGCGGCGACCAGGCGGGCACGGGCGUGGGCAGUGGGCAAUGGGCAAUGGGUCAGGCUGCUCAGGCUGCUGCGAGCGCCCAUGGGCUCCCAGUGAUGAGAUCAUUGGCACUGCAUGGAACAUGUGUACACAUCCCACCACCCGCCUGUCCAGCAUACACUGUGCCAUCACACACGACGCAUCUUUGUGCGCUGCUGCAACCGGCCCGCCACCAACUCCCAGGGAAAAAAGGGCGGUGUAUGGGCCUGUAUGGGUCUGUAUUGGCCUCUCCGGUCCUCGACAGCCUGUAGAGAGCGCCCGCGACAGCCCGCCAGCGCCCGCCUGUCCUCGAGCCCUCCGCUGCGACACUGCACGCCGGCCGGUCAUGCGGCGACGCGCAUCAGACCUGCGUCGCUCAUUCAGUCGCGAUGCCAUGCACAUUGCUACAUGCUACUCUACUUACAUAAACACACACGACGACGACGAUCCCGGUUGCCGUCAGCACUCCAACUGCAAACGCACGAGUCGCGCCGCUCGGCUCGCCGACGACGACGACGACGACGACGCAGCGCGUUUCGCGUCCCUCAGAUCACGGCCUGGCUCCCUGCCUGCGCCGCCUUCAUUUGCUGCCCCAGCUACCCAUCGCACCCACAUCCCUGCCCCCUCAGCCUGCCAUGUGCCCUUUGGCCAUGCCAUGUCUUCUUACUUUGUCCUGACUUACUCUAGACGCCUAUUAGCUGGAUGUAUCUACAUGAUGCCCAUUGCCAUGCCUUGCCUUGCCUUGCCUUGGCUUGCUUUGGCUUUGGCUUUUGCCCAUGCUGCUACUGCCACUGCCACUGCCACCUCGCCUGGUGGGCCCCCCACUACUAGCCUCGUGCCAGCCAGCAAGCCAGCAAAGCCAGCCAGCCGUCGCAAGCCCGUCGAGCGAUGCUUUGCUUGUGCUGGCCCCGGGGCAGCGCAAGCUGCACGGCAGAGGUGUCAAAGUAUAACGGCUGUUUCGACGCAGCCAGUGUGGGCCAUGGCCCAAGCGGCCAUGGCGGUGUGGAUAUCUAAGGCUGGCCUGCAGAUUUCCACGCGAGAGACAGGGUUUAACCAUCUAGCACAUGGAAGCGCCUGA